GACGUUUGUUUGGGUUAACAGUGCAUCAGCACAUUCCCAGAGUGUUGCCAAGGCCAAAUACGAAUUUUUAUUUGGCAGAUCUGAAGAGAAGACUCCAGAUACUAGUGAUCAUGGAGGAAGCACUUUACUCCCACCGAAUGUCACAAAUGAAUUUCCAGAAUAUGGGACCAUGGAGGAAGGCGGAGAAGGCCUGAGAGCUUCUUUGGAGUUUGAUGCAGAGUCUCUGCCAUGCCACCCGCCAGGGCCACCGGGGGUCCAUCUUCUUGCWGGCCAAAGCUCUGGGCUCAACAGUAUUAGGGAAGGACCAAAAGAUGUCAUUGAAGCCCCCUCUCAAAGUCACCUCAAGGAACAAAGUUUACAAUCCAUUGACUCUCUGAUUUCUGCUCUGAAAGACACAGAAGCCAGAAUAGUUUCAGGAACAUUACAAGCUACAAAGGUACUGAACAAAGAUGCUGAUUCUAGUUUUUCAUUUCAGCAUGUGGAAAAAGAGCUGGACACUGCCAGUCAUAAAACACAGAGAGCCUCCAAGCCAUUCUCUGCUGGCCGGGAACCGUCACCAGAUACAGUUCUUCCAGCUGAAGGAACCACUGAGGAAAAUGUUUAUUUGAGCAUCCAGAAAGAUYUGACUGCACUUGCACUAUUAACAGGAGAGACCCAGGCUGAGCUUCCCCGGGUAACUACUACUGGGAGAAAAGGGGCUCUCUGUGCUUCCGAGCCAGCUUAUCCCGUGUCCUCCCUGCGGAGCCCAGCAGUAACUGAUAACUCUGCAGGCAGCGUUGGCUUUUCAAAAGAGCAGAUUUCUGAUGCUAGGAGAGAGCACCCUGGGGGAUGUGAUCGAGGCUCYCUGGGACGUGCAGGCCGGAUCAAGCAUGUGGAAUUUCAAGGGGUGGAAAUACUAUGGACAGAAGGAGGGAAGAGAGAGACACAGGCUCCUGCUGACUUUGAGACAUCGCUGGAAAGGAUAGCCCCUCCUGUAAGCAAAGAGUUUUCCAAAGUGCCAAGCCAUCUCAUCUCAGCUGCUGCUCCYGGCCAUUCAGCUGGUGUAACUGAGCGUGUUUGGGAUGAAACCUGGAAAAUCCCCUCGGAGAGGCCUGGCACUAGCUCAGGGAGAUUUUCCCCUGUGCCUCUUGCGGAGAGUGGCGAGGAUGAAGUCUUCCUCAAGGAAAACAGACAACAUCUUGAGAAGAGAGCUGAGCCGGAGAGAGACAAGGGAAGGAUCCUGGAGCAGGAGGAGCACCUCAGGGGCGAAGAUGAUGAACUGCUUGGGCCAGGGUACACCGAGGACUCCACUGACGUGUACAGCUCCCAGUUUGAGACCAUCUUGGACAACACUUCUUUGUACUACAGUGCAGAGUCGCUGGAGACACUCUACUCGGAGCCAGAUAGCUACUUCAGCUUUGAGAUGCCCCUUACGCCAAUGAUCCAGCAGCGCAUUAAAGAAGGGGGUCAGUUCUUGGAGAGGACCUCAGCGGGAGGACACCAGGAUGUCCUGAGUGUCUCAGCAGAUGGCGGGAUUGUGCUGGGCUACUCUGGCGGGAUCACCAACGGGCUGAAUGAUGCCAGCGACUCCAUGUACAUGAAAGGCCACCCGGAGAUGGCCUUCUGGGGAAGCAAUGCUGGGUUGAAAUCAACACGACUAGUGGCUAAUUCUGAAAUGGGGAGCACAGAAAUCCURGAAAAGGAGUCUGCAGAAAGUCUCAGUAACGGUACCAGCAGCAACUUGGAAGCAGCUAAACGACUAGCCAAACGCCUUUAUCAACUAGACAGAUUCAAAAGGUCGGAUGUCGCAAAACACCUCGGCAAGAACAAUGAAUUUAGCAAACUAGUUGCAGAAGAAUAUCUGAAGUUUUUUGAUUUUACAGGAAUGACCCUAGAUCAGUCUCUCAGGUAUUUCUUUAAAGCCUUUUCUCUUGUGGGAGAAACUCAAGAACGAGAAAGAGUUUUAAUACACUUCUCCAAUAGAUAUUUCUCUUGUAACCCAAAUACAAUUGCUUCACAAGAUGGAGUCCACUGCCUUACCUGUGCAAUUAUGCUUCUUAACACUGAUCUACAUGGCCACAAUAUUGGAAAGAAGAUGACAUGCCAAGAGUUCAUUACAAACCUCCAAGGGAUAAAUGAAGGUGUUGAAUUCUCCAAGGAUCUACUAAAAGCUCUGUACAACUCAAUCAAGAAUGAGAAGCUGGAAUGGGCAGUAGAUGACGAAGAGAAAAAAAAGUCCCCCUCAGAAGGCACUGAUGAGAAGGCCAAUGGAACACAUCCAAAGACCAUCAGUCGCAUUGGGAGCACGACCAACCCAUUCUUGGACAUUCCUCAUGACCCAAAUGCUGCUGUGUACAAAAGCGGAUUCUUGGCUCGGAAAAUCCAUGCAGAUAUGGAUGGAAAAAAGACUCCAAGAGGAAAGCGAGGAUGGAAAACCUUUUAUGCUGUCCUGAAGGGAACAGUUCUUUACUUACAAAAGGAUGAAUAUAAGCCAGAAAAGGCCUUGUCCGAGGAGGACUUGAAAAAUGCCGUGAGUGUGCACCACGCCCUGGCAUCCAAGGCCACCGACUACGAGAAGAAGCCCAACGUCUUUAAGCUAAAAACUGCCGACUGGAGGGUCUUGCUGUUUCAAACUCAGAGUCCAGAGGAGAUGCAGGGGUGGAUAAGCAAAAUCAACUGUGUUGCAGCUGUCUUUUCUGCACCACCGUUUCCAGCAGCCAUUGGUUCUCAGAAGAAGUUUAGCCGCCCGCUUCUGCCUGCCACCACGACAAAAUUAUCUCAGGAGGAACAACUGAAAUCUCAUGAAGGCAAGCUGAAGCAGAUCACCACUGAGCUGGCUGAGCACCGCUCCUAUCCCCCUGACAAGAAAGUCAAAGCCAAGGAGGUGGACGAGUACAAGCUGAAAGAUCACUAUCUGGAGUUUGAGAAAACCCGUUAUGAAAUUUACGUUGGCAUUCUGAAAGAAGGCGGCAAGGAGCUCCUGAGUCACGAUGAAAACGAGGCUGCGGGACUGAAGAAGUCUCACUCGAGUCCUUCAUUGAACCCAGAGUCAUCCCCAAUCACCGCCAAGGUCAAGCGUAAUGUGUCAGAGAGGAAGGACCACCGACCUGAAACACCAAGCAUUAAGCAAAAAGUUACUUAGGAUCCACUCUGCUGCCAGGAAGUGCUGGUCAUGGAGCAAAAUAGGGUUUUUCAAGAUAUUUCUGGUAAUCCGUGAAUAUAUUAAAAAAAAAAGUAUGUGACUAAAUGGUGCAUUAGUAACUUUUUAUAUUGUAUAUUUUUGUUAGUUUCUGUACAGGUUGUCUUCGCUCUUGAUUUCUUUGCUUUAAUGAUUUUUGCAACUUGAUAACUAAUGCACCUUUUUUUGUGAGGGGGAGAAGAUCGUGAUUCCAGAAUGAAUUACGCAUCCCUUCUCCUUUGGUUUUUCUCGUUUGCACUCUGCUCAGUUGUUUUAUGUAUUCUCAAAUCCACUGUUAUAUUUUUUUUUAAGGUAAAAAAUUUAAUCCAUUGUGUAACACUUAACUGGACAAACUUUGUAGUUUAGUAAAUUCUAGCCAGAGUUAAUAUAAGCCUUUAUAUGUGAAAUCUUGCCCAGUCACGGAGGUGAAGUUGAGUCCUCACAGAUGCUCAAGUGAGAAUUACGAUGCUGGGGAUCGAGAUGUUCCUGUGGGAUGCAGCUCUKCGUGCACCCCAGCACUUCUUGCUGAGUUCUGACCCUGCUAGAAGCAGGGGAAGAGGGCACAAAAGGUCACAGGACUGGAGAACCUAGGGACACACRUUAGCUUGCUUGAAGUGUGGAUUCCCUUCCAGUCAAGCAAGGCAAAGAGGAAGAGAGCCGUCUUGCCACUGAAGGCUGAGGACACAUUGAUACUAAGCAAAUUUUGUUUUCUAACUGAUAGUGGCAAUCAUUGGCUCUUGGGAGCUGCAGCAAUAGACAUGUGUUUGGUCUGCAGGAAAUUGUUACCUCACUCCCAUAGGGUCUAGACUAGGAAUCCAGAAUCAUCUCUAUCACUGAUACCUUUCCAUCCAGGAAUAUAUUCUUUUUUGCUCUACAUAUAUAUAUAGGCAUGACAUCAUCUCCUGGUUGUAAGAAUGUUGGGGUUUUCCUUCAUAACAGAAUAAUGUUGAAAAUGGAACCCCUUUUGCUCUUUCCUUAGUCAAGACAAAAUAAUGGAGCAAAAAGCAGCUGCAGCUGUUCAACAGUGGAUAUAGAUUCCCUAAGCUAAAUCUGAAAGUGAUAGUGUGGAUGAAUUGUGGUUAGAAAAUGGGGGAAUCUUCUGAUUGCAUAUGCAGAGUUUCUUAGUUUGUUCUUAUGCCAGUCUCUGGACAGCCAUUUUAUUCUGUCACUGUUAAACUCGCACCUAAAUUUUUUUAACCUAUUUUUAAAUCAUUUCUUUCUGUAUACUCAAAAUAGUUCUGUUCACCUUACAGUCAUGAGCUCGUUCCAGUGACAGUCCCUUUGAAAUUCUGGGAGAUAAACAGAAUAUUCUCUUGUAAAGGAACAGAAGGGAGUGAAUGUUGAGUCCCCAGUGACUUAAAGAACUUUUAGAUUUCCACACCUUGAAACUGUUCCCUGAAGCUGUCAUCUUCCCAAACCAUCCAGCUUCAAAACCGACAGUAUCACUUUCCAUGUUCUUUUCCCUCCCAUAGGAAUUUUCUCUACUUUUCCUUAGUUUAUUAUUGUAGGUACUGGGACCAAAGCAUCUGCUGCUCUGCAUGAAUAGCACAGUUCCAGUGGACUAGAGAAAACCUGCUAAGACAUCACGGUAGUUUCUAGUGAUAUAUUGUUACGAUGUACUCACAUUUAGUUACAGGAUUAUUUAUUAAUGUUUACUUCCUUCACCUGUGUACAUGUGCAUAUUUGCUGGUGUCCAGAGAAGAGCAACCCUCUCUGAGGUGGCAGUUGCUUGCUUUGUGGUAUUUUGCCACACCUUUGAAAAACUGACUCUAACCUGGUUUAGGUAAAAAGCCGUGGCUACAUUUAUGUUUCAGAACCGUGAAGCAAACACGGUAGUUACCAGUGUGAUCCAUGUACCAGAAUCAUUUUCGUAGCUUCUGAAUCCAAGAUUUCCACAAGCAAGUUGUCUUUCCUGCUAGAAUCUGAAAUAUCAGUGUUUGUUUUCUGCCUCAAUAUUUGUACUAGAUGAGGAGAGAGAGGUACCCAGAUCCUGUCAUCUAUGAACUUUGGUAACUGAAGAGAAAUUAGCAUCCCUGACUGGCUUGAAUGUGUCUGCCCACCGUGUGUGUCUAUGUAUAUAGGAUGUUUGUGUGUUUCACUUAGAGUUUAUGAUGUACAUUGAAUGGUACCUUGCUGCAAUAUUGGUUAUACUUGGUUAGCAUUAGCACCACCACAGCAUUGUUCUGUUAGGAGACUCACUGAGGUUAGCUUCAGGGACUCCAGAUAUGCUAGUAGGUAACCCCAUGACAAGGGCACUUUUGAGGCUGCAGAAUGCCACGUUUGCAUAGUUUAUCUUUAGAAACAAUGUGGAGGCUCUUUUGUGAGCCAGGAUCCCAGUGUGGUGCUGCUGACCGUCUUCAGGGGAUGAGCCCAGCGUGCCUCUUCCCUGAGGCCUCUGGAAGGAGCUGUGUUUUCAGUCUCUGUAGCAAGACUGAGAGUUUGUCCCAUGGCUGGAAAUGGCCCCUGACUUGACUGGAUUCCGAGAGUCAGUCUGUAGCCAACCACAGUUUCUUUUGUGAUAAUUUCUUUCCUGUGGUUUGAAGAAAUGGAAGAUGUUUCCGUUCACAGCGACUCCGAGCCUGUUGCCCAAUUCACGGUACAGGGGAGCUCUCCUCCUCCUCCCCUUUCAAAGGUACUUCCCCAGCCCCCACCCCCACCCUCCCCAUACCUCCUGCUCGCCCCUACCUCAGUGCCCAGGACCCUUGGGGUUUCUUUCCAUGUGGGAAAUCAUUAUUCCUCAUCACAUAAAUACAUUUUAUAUUAAUUCCUAGUGUAGAAAAUUUUGAUAAGGUAUCAGAAUACCAUUGUGAUAGUCUUGGUGCAAAGCUGACCAUGAAAGUGGCCCAUGUAUAAAAUCUGUGGGGUURGGGGUUUGCCCCCACCUCACAUGCUGGCUCUUUCAGGGAGGUGUCGGAGAAUUGGUAUCAAUCAAAAUUAGUUACUGGCACGCAGAAUCCUUAUUUUAUUGCCAGACCAUAGGCAUUUCUGUAGUGUUCUUUUUACAAACAUCAUUGACCUUAUUCUAAUAAUGUCUAAUUAGACAAUACUUUUGUGCAUUUUAAUUAAUCUUAGUAAAACCAACAUGUGGUUGGGGGGGGAGACCUGAUAAAAAUAAUUCCUGGAUUAUUUGAACCUUUUUUGACUGCUCUUAGGUAAAGAGAAGACAUUUUCUCAUGUGGCAGUCUUAUGCUACUUGUAAGAACCUUUGUGCUUUUGUGGUUACCCUAAUCCAGAAGGUGAGGACCAUUUCCUAGAGAGAGGAGCCAUUAGAGAACUAAUUCUGGAAGAGGAAAAUCUGGUUGGUUUUCAGAUUUGUAGUCUACCCUGUGGCCAAACCACAGAACUUUGUGAAAUUGGGGGAGAAUUUACAUGACCAUCAAGGAAAGAGGCCCUGGGGAUGCCUAAGCACCAAAUUACACAGAGUCUGGGACUGCUCUGUGCCUGCUCCUGCCUUUAUCCUGAGAUAAGACAGAGCCUGGCCUGACCUGCCCGGCACCUCUUCUCUUUUUACCUAAUCCUUGGCAGCUGGAAGGAAGUUGACCUUAUAGACAUCAGUUUCUCCCCUGCCUUCCUGUCAAGGCUGCCUUGGGUUUAGUUUAGUUACUUGCCCUUGGAGUUUGAAUUCUUUGGCAUUUUUCUUUAGUUAUCAGUUAAGCUUAUUUUGGCCUCAGGGCAGUAAGUUCCUUUGCUUUGUUAGGCCUAAAUCUCCACAGUUUGGCUUUGAUGGACUCAGGUUUUUAGCAGGUCUCCAGCUAGUCUCCUUCUUUACCUUUAGCAGAGAACAAUCCCUUUAGUUUUCAAAUGACAGGAUUCUUUUUCCAAGUGUAAAACUAGCCCUGAAAAACAGUGAACCAAAGUGGCCUCCUAGCAYUUGUCAAAAGAUGAGCCUAAUUUAUGAAUGAUAGUGCUCAGCUUUGGAUUUCUGUAGUGUCUGUUUUCAUUUCAGAGCAUCUAAGUAAGUUAACUCAGAAACACAUCAGUCAGAGGCACGUGAGCCCCAGGGCCUACCCAGCUCCAAAACUUUCUAGCUUUUUCCCCAGGCCAGGCUGCUGGUCUGCCCCCGGGUCAGCAGAUCUCUCUCCACCUCUUCUGACAUCUUAUGCCAUCAGGUCAACUGGAGGACUUUUGAGAUCACCACAAAAUUAUCCCAUGAUAGAUUAUUGAUAGUGAUAGAGAGGUGCUUUGUCACUGUUUGUCCCCUCAGGACUCCUUUUCGAUUUCUCACCCUUAAAAGAAGGAUUGAAGUCCAUAGGCAUUCUCCAUUUGUACGUAUAGUAUCCCAGACCUGAGCAGGGGCAGCCUUCUGCUUAGGACAGUAAUUGGCCCAUUGCAUGUAGAGAAAAUGUCCUCAUGGAGAAUGGCAGUAAAUACUUGAAUCUGCAUGACAGUUUGUUGACUUGAAUGCAACAGCAAGGAAACAUUGCAAGUUAAUUGUACAUACAAGUAGUUUUCCUUAGGUCUCUCUGGCUCAUCCUUUACAAUUUAUGCGUGUAUCUGUUGUACUACAGGCUUGUGGAAAAUAUUUGUGUAGCCAAUAUGUCAGAUGUCAAAGAAAAUGCUUUCUGUCACCUGCCAACGUUGUAUUUGUGGAUAUUUAUAGUUGUAUGUAUGUACGUGCAUCUGUAURGAUUGUAUAUCAGUGUGUGGUAAAUGUACAUCAAAAUUAUUUUUGUCCUUAAUAACCAGUGUAAUAUGAAAAGCAAGUAAAAACCUCAUAGGAUUGAUUAUAUGGUACAGUUGUUGAGAGUACAUAUAGUGGUAUUGUUUUAUUAAACUUAAAUAAUAUUUUGAUUAAAAUUUUAAUGAGACUAUAGAAAAUUCCAUCUUUGAGCUUUGAAUAACCGGGGCAAAAAUGACUUUGAACUAAUUUAUGAGUCUAUUGACGUGUACAGUGUGCAAUACUGAGGGGGUCACUCAUUGUAAUUUGGGAAAUAUACAAAGAAAAGGGGAGGAAGGCAGCCUGUACAGUCUUCGUGACUUUAGCAGUAAGAGCACUUAACCGUAAUGUUGAACUGACAAUUUUGGGCUUAUUACAAAAUGUGAUGCUUUUAGAGCGCACUUUCUUUAUUGUUGUAAUUAGUCCAGAAAAAAAAUAUAGUUUUCAAAAUUAAGCAAGUACCCACUAUACCAUUUAUGUACCUGUGUAUAUCUUAGAAUAGAUGAUACCACUCUCCUGGUGCCGCAUCCUUACCCUCUUUAAAGAAAUAUCACAAACGCUGAAGUAUAUCAGGGCAUCCCAAGAUUGGGUACUGUAUUCCAGGUUUGUAGGUGCACAAAUCAGCAGCUAGUGUCACAGGUGAAAGGACUUUAGGACCAGGUUAAAACUUUAUUUAAUAUUUUUAUACUUAGGUCUCUUUUUCCUGCCUCUCCCCAAAGAAGAGCCACUGGCCUUAGUUGUUUGACCUUAUUGCUUAUAUUAUAGAGUGUAAAUAGAUAACUAGAGACUAAAAUUUUAUUAACCAGCAUGUUUGGUGUAUUUAAAGCAGCGACUGAGUGUGUCUGAGUGAGUGGCUGAGUGCAGUGUCUUUUGUUUGAACACGCUGCCUCAUGUCUUUGUAUCUGAUGCAGAGAAUUGGAAUUGUGGGGAGGGAGACAAAUCUCCAGCUCCAGGCUGCAGUAGUGUGUUGGUAGGUACACUUGAGUUUUUUAUUAUUAUUAACUCUACAGUCUCAAACUAUUUUUGCAAAUAUAUUUCCUAAUUUGUUCUUGACGUGCAGUGGACUGGCUCUCCAAUUGAUCGGCAGGGUCUUAGUUCUGCAAGAGAAUUUCCUUGUAAGAAUUAUUUGU